ACCAAAAAAAGAAGAAGAAGAAGGAGCUGAGGCUACAGCAGCAGUACAGCAGGAGGAACAGAAUAAUAACACCAAAAAGAAGAAGAAGAAGAAGGGAGCUGAGGCUACAGCAGCAGUACAGCAGGAGGAACAGAAUAACACCAAAAAGAAGAAGAAGAAGAAGGGAGCUGAGGCUACAGCAGCAGUACAGCAGGAGGAACAGAAUAACACCAAAAAGAAGAAGAAGAAACCCAAGUCCUCCAGCAGCGCUGCAGACACCACCAUGGACACGGAGAGAAAGGAGGAGGGCAAGAAGAAGAAGAGAAAGGCCUCUGCACUAACAGAGGAGGAGGAUGUGGUGGACAAGUGGAAGCCCAAACAUAUGAAAAGGGUGGAUAUGACAGGAGUAGUGGAACAGGUGGAGGACGGAGAGAGUGAGGGAAGGAAAAAGAAGGUGAAGAAGAGCUCUGAGGUAGAGACAGAAAUGGAGGACAGCACCCCUCACCAGAAAGGGAAGAAGGUUAUGACGAAGGGGAAAAAGAAGAUAAAGGUUGAGAGCUGCGACCCUGAAUACCAGGAGAGGGACCAGACAGAUGUGGUUUUCCUGUCAGAGACCAGGGGAAACGCCUUCGAGAUCAAUAUUGAUCAGGGGAGACGCCUGGCCCUGCAGAAUGAGAUCGACCAGAAGUCCAAUCCAGUCCAACUCAAAGCAGCACCGGUACCAUCGGGUUUGGGCCAGUGGGGUACUGCACAGUUUGACAGUUCCGACCAACAUAGUAAGUUCCUUCGGUUGAUGGGUGGCUUCAAGAAGAGCGGGCAGCCAAUAGCAGCGAGCGGUGCGACGGGAGGGCGGGCCAACAUGGCGCUGACUAAAGACGGACAGCAGAGCUUGCAGCAAGGCCUACUGGGGGAGUUUGAGCGCGCUCAGUCGCGCCGCAUGGACUUCACGGGAAGGGGGGCGGGACUUGGGUUCUCGGCGCCGUCCAAUAAGAAGUUCUCAAUUGACAUCAACACAACCCGAUCGGUGCGCUUCGAUGACUAAGUCGGGACGGACCAUUGAGUGUGUGUCUAGCAUCCAAAAUUUAUUUGGAUGAGUGUGUGUACCUUUUCUCUUGCAGGGUCUUGGGAGUGUCUGUCGGUGAAUGUGGUGUGUAUGAAUGUAUAUACGGUACCAGUCAGUAGUUUGGACACACCUACUCAUUACAGGGUUUUUCUAUAUUUUUACUACAUUGUAGAAUAAUAGUGAAGACAUCAAAACUAUGAAAUAACACAUGGAGUCAUGUAGUAACCAAAAAAGUGUUAAA